GCCGCCGGGAGGAAGAGGACGAUGUGGAAGAGACGCGUCAAGUACGGCCUGAAAACGCACCCCGUGCGGAGGACGACAGUCGAGAGCUCGCACGAGUAACACCAUCUCCUAAACGUGGCCCGCGACAGUGGUAGACGAGUACGGCACGACCUGAAUCGUCGUGCCGUAAUCAAGAACGUUCGGAGUUGACGCGACCCAAAAACAGCGGCCGUCGGUUGACGAAGAAACGAGUCGUCGUCGUCGUCGUCGUCGUCGUCGUCAUUGAAGACACGAGUUCUGUCGCAGUUGAAAAACGGGGUCCUCAUCGUAGCAGAAAGAAGAGGUGGGAGAAAUAAAUUUCUCUUGUCACAAUCGGAGAAACAAGUGCUCGUCGUAAAGGAAAACUCAGAGAGAAGCUAGUCUGCGUGAUAGUUGAAGACGACAAUCUCUACCUGAAGAAGGCAACCCGGAUCAUCCCCCGACGAUCACGACUUUUGACGACUCGAUUUUUGUGAACGAAAAGCAGACGACACGCUCAGCUAAGCGACGUCAGGACCGCGUCCGCUUCAGGAUGGACGGGCCGGCGGUGUUGUCGAUGCCGCCGUUGGCCGCCUCGCAGAAACCGGCGCAGUCGCCGCAGCCGCAACCGCAUCCAAAGCAGAAUCAGGAGUUGCAGGUGGGCACCGUGUCGCUGUACGGCAUCCACAUCGUGUCGCUGGUGAUCGAGGGCCAAGAGAGACUCUGCCUGGCGCAGAUCAGCAACACCCUGCUGAAGCAGUUCAGCUACAACGAGAUCCACAAUCGUCGGGUGGCGUUGGGCAUCACCUGCGUGCAGUGCACUCCGGUGCAGCUGGAGAUUCUCCGUCGUGCGGGCGCGAUGCCGGUGUCGUCGCGUAGGUGCGGCAUGAUCACCCGCCGGGAAGCCGAGCGCCUCUGCAAGUCCUUCCUCGGCGACAACGCGCCGCCCAGAUUGCCGGAGGACUUUGCGUUCUCCGUCCACCACGAGUGCGCCUGGGGAUGCCGCGGCGCGUUCCUGCCGGCGCGUUACAACAGCUCGCGCGCCAAGUGCAUCAAGUGCACGUACUGCGGCUUGUUCUUCUCGCCGAACAAGUUUAUCUUCCACUCGCACCGGCUCAGCCCGUCGGACAAGUACGUGCAGCCGGACGCGGCCAACUUCAAUUCCUGGCGCCGACACAUGAAGCUGUCCGGCAGCCCGCCGGACGAGGUGGUGCACGCCUGGGAGGACGUCAAGGCGAUGUUCAACGGCGGCACCAGGAAGCGCCUGUUGGGCAGCGCGAGCGCCCGCGAGUCGCCGAGCUCGGCGAAGCAGCCCAGGUCCUCGCCGACCACCACUGCGCAGAUCCCCAAUCUGGUGCCGACGCCGGCGCACCCGCGAGUGCCGCCGUUCCCGGAGCUGCCACUGCCACUGUCCAGGAGUCUCGUCAUGGACUACGUGUGGCAUCAGCAUCAGCAGGCGGCGGCCGUCGCCGCGGCCAAGACGCCCGGCUUCGCCUUCCCGCCCUACGCUCUGCCUUGGUUGGCCAAGAGAGGUCCCGUCUUGUUUCCCGGACCGCUGCCGCCGCCGAUAAGCGGCUCCAGUCCCACGGAACCUUUGAUUCCCACCGUGAACCCGCCGCUACAUCAAUCGGCGUUCCGCCCGGUAAUCCGUGGGCCACCCAUCGUCGAGCAGCUGGUUCCGGAGCGAGCGACGGACGCCGCCGACAAGGAGGAGAACUCUGACGACGAGGUCGACAUCGAGACGACGGAGGACGAGCCGGUGACGCCGCUCAAUGCGAGUCUCCAGAACCUACACUCGGCGUCGAAUUCCGCCAUGAGCAGCCACAGCGGACGGAGUACGUCGCCGCAGUGCUGGAGUCCCCCGCGAGAAACGGAGCGGGAGGCGGAGAAGAUCGCGGAGGAAGCCGCGGCUCUGCGCGACGUGAAGACGGAACUGCCGCCUGCAAGAAGUCCGGAGAGCUGGCACGGCAACCCUUAUUAUCGACAUCUCAAUGUUCUCAAGGGAAACGAGCCGGCAGCGGAAAGGGCGGGUUCCGAUUGCUCGGCUUGUCGUCCACGUAUGUUUUACGGCCAAGUCCACAGUCCGUCCGCGCCGACCAAUUAAUCGAGCUGGCUGGAUUAAUCGACACGCAGCGCAGCGCAGCAGCAGCGCAUGAGGAGGACACAUUUAAUCCGUAUCGUUCCGUAAGCUUGCGACACGUCCGUUGCCUUUCGUCGCACAUUCGUCGAUCUUUCUUUGUCUGCGAAUCCAAGGCUUCAGCGCAACGAUGGUCUCGCCCGAUUUUCUAAGGACUCGAGGAGCGAGCUCCUCCCGGCUUCGACGAGACUUUUUUCGAGGAAUCCAGCGCAAAUUGACUUACCCGAUCGGCCGAUCGAGCUGAAACCGAGAGAGUCGAAUCAAUCGAACCUGAUGUAUAAGCACCGAUCUGUAGUUGUAAAGCCCAUGUCCGCAGAAUGCUGAUCUGUCACUAGCGAAUGUUAGGAAAUGUUUCGUCUCGCGCGUUCCCGACGCACUGGCUAACAAAGCGGACCUCAUCACAUCCUACAUCCGGGUCGUCGUCGAGAGUGGCGGAUUUCUCCGGCAUCUCGAGCAGUGGAUCUUAGUUUUAGCGAACGUGUCUCGUCUUUGCGUGCGCGGCCGCGCGAGCGAGCGAGCGAGCGAGCGAGCGAGCGAGUGAGCGAUCGAUCAUCAGCUCGAAUCGAACGGUGCUCGGCGAGAAGAAUCUUGGCGAAUGUAGAACGAGCGGCUCGGCGAAGUCACGUAUUACGUCGACGCAGGAGGAAGGUCACGUCGAUAUUUGCGAUUCCGGAGAUCCCGUCGCGCGAAUUCGCUGCUCAUCCGCUUUCCGCAUUACGUCGAUUGUUGUCAUUUUCUAGCGGACUACUCGCGGCGCGGUGCGAGCGGACGGACGAGCGCGGACAGACGAAAACGCUUGUCGCUAUCUCGCGGGAACGCACGAUUCGCGUUUCCGAUUGUUUUCUCCGGCGUGGAAAACAGACGAGGAACUGUCUGUACUCCUCCUGUUCCUGAACAUCGCGUUUCUCGGCUCCCAUUUCCUUCUUGGGUCGACUUCGCGCGAUGCGACAGAAACCAGUAUUCGGGGAACCAGUAUCGGUCGCGAAUGUUGGGCCGAUAUAAACAUUCGCGCACGCAAAAAUCAAGGAAUAAUUAGAAAAUUCAAUUGUGGCGAACGCCACAUUGGCGCCAACGUGGCGUCGACGUGCGCUUGCCACAUCGCGUGGUGCCGGUUUUAACUCUUCCCAGCGCGAUCAUCGUGACAAUGAACGAACGAGUGACAGUUCUGAGAAACAAAGGUCCUUGUCUCAAAACGCGUUUGAUUCGUUCAUUAUCACAUCGACCCCCCGACCUUUCGCUCCGUGUAAUAAACCAGGUCAGCGAAAAGCAUCGCGGCAACUGUGUCACCGAGCAAGCUGGAGAGAGUUAAUGAGACAGACUGGCGAGACACGCGUCGUGCUUGCGAGCAUUAUCUAGAUACCUGUUCGCGAUGACUCCCGAUGCACUCCCGAUAAUCGGUGCACCAGGAGCGACGCGCGAUCGACACGCGUCCGUGACGAACUUGAUAUAUUAUGCGCCGACUCGCAGCGAUUUCACCGAGAGAUUCGGUCGCGACACCGCCACCGUCACCGUCGUGGUCGCCGCGCCGCAAUCGCGAUUCGCCAGCAGCCAGUGUAGCUUAGGAUCGACGGUCAUUUAUCGCGAGGACGAUACACAGUGCAAUUAUACUUAAUUACGUCGCGUAAUCGAAUUAGACCAGGAAUUAUACAGAGGAGACACGACGACGAGAGUCGAAGUAGGACGAGCGGAUCCUUCGCGCGCCUCACGUCGUAUUGCCGCAGCACUGUAAGUACCGCCGCUAGAGUAGAGCAACAACACCGACAAGAGUUGCAUCAUACUGAACAUACUGUAGACGACAGCAUGUGUGAAAACAAAAAUUACGAGUGUAAUCCAAGUUCUAAUAAAAUCUUGAU